AUGAUGCACGGUUUCGCUGUGAGGUUGGAUGAAGUCAGACGCGAUAGCGAUGGUUGUGUAAUUAUGCGCCAAAUUGUUUGCAAUCGGGUGGGCUCAAGAAAGGAAGAGGUUGAAAAGGACGAAAGAAUCAGGGACCACCAACCCCUAAAUCGAAGUUGUUGUCUUGCGAGAAUUCGUGCAAGACUAGAUAGAAAAAUUCAUAAAUGGAAGGUUGUUUCAUUAUACGAAGAGCACUCUCAUGGAUUAGUUGAUCCACUCGACAUUAACAUGAUGUCUGAGUAUCGCACAUUUAGUGUCUCGAAUAAAGCUCAGGCGAAGAAUUUGCACGACAUAAGCAUCAGGACCUGUCACAUCUUGGAAUACUUGGCUACUAAAAAGGUGGAUAUACAAACUUGUCAUUCAACCAAAAAGAUAUGUACAACCUCAUUACUCAACACAGAAAGGAAAAGGAACAUCUACAAUAAACCACUUGUGAUAUUUUCUAGUAGCAAUCAUCAUGGGAACACCGUCAUAUUUGGAUGUGGUCUUCUUGUUAACGAGGAUAUUGGUUCAUAUAAGUGGCUGUUGAAAACUUUUUUGGAAGCAAUGGGGAAUAAAUAUCCUAUGGCAGUUGUCACCGACGGAGAUCUUUCAAUGAGAGAAGCCAUUAAACAAGUAUUUCCUUAUGCAACACAUCGACUAUGUGCAUGGAACUUACACAGGCAUGCAUGCGAGAAGGUUAAGAAUAGUGGAUUUCUAAAUGACUUCAGGAAAUUAAUUUAUGAUAAUGUGAGUGUUGAAGAGUUUGAGGUCAUGUGGGGAGACAUGGUGGCGAGGUAUAACUUAUCAAGCAACUGUUGGGUCGACCAAACCUAUAAGUUGAGGAAUUUAUGGGCUCUUGCAUAUUUGAGGAACCAAUUUUUUAGGCGAAUCAGGACAACAUCCCAGUGUGAAGGGAUUAACUUUCUAAUAAAAGUAUAUGUGAGAAAGAAAGAUACCCUUCUUGAAUUCAUCAAUAACAUGGAGACUGUUGUUAGCCAUUAUAGGAACAAUGAAAGAGAUGCAGAGUUCAAUAGUAAAUAUACCGAUCCAGAACUUGUGACUUCUUUGCCGGCACUUGACGGUUUUGCUGCAAAGAAUUUCACUCGUAACAUGUUCCAGGAGGUCAGGAAGGAAAUUGAGGGUGCUUGUGCUAUGAACACAGAGUUGGUGAUGCAUAGAAACUUGUCUCUCAUCAGAUUUCCCUCGGAUGGUGGAAAACUAUACUUCAAGUGUAACAGUUUUGGAAUGCCAAAGAUUGAUCAUGUGGUUGAGUUUGACAGAGUUGGAGGGUUGCUUUGUUGUGAGUGUUUGUGGUUCAAAAAUCGAAGGAUUCUCUUAAUGCGCAUAUUUGCAUGCCUAAAGUCCCAACAUGUUGAAGUUAUUCCAGAAUGCUUAGUGUGCAAGAGAUGGACGAAGCAUGCCAAGAGUGAUUUCAUGAAAUCAAACGUCGAUGAUCCAAGUGAUUCUGAUAAGGUACUCAAAUGUCGUUUGGGUGUGUUAGGUGCUGAGUGUUCUAGGUUGAUGGAUGUUGCAUCUAAGAACUCAAGUGAUUUUGUUGAAGCAAUGAAUGAUAUUGUCAACACAAUUACAAAUCUCCAAAAGCAAGGUGAAAAUCCACGCAAUGGUAAUUUAGAUGAUGACGACAUUGUUGACCCAUUGGUGGUGAAGAGUAAAGGAUCUCUUGGUGAUAUUACCUUGGUUCAAGUUGGUUUGGUGUGUGGGAACCUUCCAGGGGAGCGCUCCGUUGAGAAAGAUGCUGUUUGGUUUGUGAUCAGCGCAAAAGACAUGACAGUGUGA